CAUUUGGCUGUCGUUGUAAUGCGGGUUUACUGAGGGUUCGUUUGUCAUUGCCUGUUCGUGGGGGAAAAAAUAGUUAAACAUCAAACCCUUGGCGUUUUUUCGCACUUGAGAUGGAUCAGGGACAAGGCUGGGACAUGGAUGAUUCAAGUAUCCACAAAGGAAUUUGGGAGAGCGAUGCCAGCAAAGCCGUCCAGCAGUGUCUAACUGAUAUUUUCACAAGCGUUUAUACAACCUGUGAUAUUCCCGAACAUGCCAUUUUUGGACCCUGUAUACUGAGCCACACGUCCUUGUACGACAGCAUCGCUUUCAUCGCACUUAAAUCAACCGACAAGAGGACGGUUCCCUAUAUUUUUAGGGUCGAUACUUCGGCAGCGAACAGCAACUCCGAGGGUUUAAUGUGGCUCCGACUGGUCCAGUCGGCCAGAGAUAAAGAGGAGCAAAACCUGGAGGCCUACGUGAAAAACGGGCAGUUGCUUUAUCGGUCUCUGAGACGGAUUGACAAGGACGAAGAGUUACUGGUGUGGUAUGGAAAAGAACUGUCAGAGCUGCUCCUACUCAGCAACAUCAGGGCACAGGCCAAGAUGAACGGGGCAUCGCCGUACACGUGUCUGGACUGCAGUCAGCGAUUUCAGUGCGAGUACCCCUUUCUCGCCCAUCUGCGGUUCCGCUGUCAGAAGCGGCCGAGCUGCUGCGCCUCGGACGAGAACGUCAAGAGCGGUGGCGGCCGCGACCACCUCGUUGCGGUGGGACCCGGUCCCAAGUUCAGCCGCGCCGAGCGGCACUCCCAGGAGAACAAGCCCACCACGGACUUCCACAACCUCGCCAGAGAUAUGGAGCACCUGCACGAACAGCCCAGGGACGGUCGGGAGGCCGAAAGCGUGAGCCUGAGCGGCGGCGGCGGCGGCAGUAGGAGAAAAUACGACCAGGCGGAAGGAAGAAACGACGCCGCGACGCUGCGCCCUCCGAAGACGGUCGACAGGUCAUUGACUACAAUCAGGGAAAACUUGGUCCGCUCCCCCCAACAGUUCAGAGGGGGGUAUUUCAAUCUCAGAGAAAAUGGGAGGUCGAUGUCAUCGUCCAGUCCAGACACGACUGAAUCCAAAUCUAGCGCCUUCGUCGAGGUGAAAAGAACUUCUCUCAAUCUUAAGCAGACUCCAAAGGAUCACGUUUCUGACCUAACCGGCAAGAACGACAUGGCACCCAAUACCAGCUCUUCCGAGAAGACGGUGGGCAUCAAGUCCAUUCUGACCGAAACGCAGGUCCACUCUUGUCUGGACAACAUCGCCAUGAGGAGUGCGUUUACGAGUGUUUCUCAGGUGUGCGGAACCGAGGAGAGGAAGAGUGCGUUCUCACAGCCAUCCAGAUCGCUUGCCCAGCUCUCUCCGCUCAUGGUGUCCCAAAAAGUUAUCCCUGGCCUGGACUGUCACUCUGGCAUCGGUGAUUCUGGCAGACUCUACCAGGCAGAUGCCUUGGCGGCCAAGCUCCAACAGAGUUCAGAUGUGAACGGCAAUUGCACUAUGCAAAGCGGUCUGGCCAAGCAAAGCCCUUUCGUCUACGCCACCGCUUUUUGGCCCAAAGCUUCUGGACCCAUCCAGCUGCAAGUCCCCUCCGCACUCACCCUACUCCCUCCUUCGUUCACGUCCUUUUGUUUACCAGCGCAGAACUGGUGCGCUAAAUGCAACGCUUCUUUCAGGAUGACAUCCGAUUUGGUGUACCACAUGAGAUCGCACCACAAAAAGGAAUAUGCCAUGGAGCCUCUGGUGAAGAGACGGAGAGAGGAGAAACUUAAGUGUCCAAUUUGCAAUGAAUCGUUUAGGGAACGCCACCACCUUUCCAGGCACAUGACAUCUCAUAAUUGAACUUUGAACAAUAUUGUAUAUCACCUUGUUAUGUCGACCGAAAAAAAUAGCUAUUGCUAAGGGAAGGAACUCUUGUGAUGCACACAUUAUCACUUUAUAUUUAACAUUUUGUAAUUGUCACUAACUAGAGUAUGCAAAUGCAUUUUGUCAUAUCUUUAUUUCAGUUAAAAAAAAAGUUAGGCACUUGUGAUUACACGGAGACGAGUAUACGAUACCUACCAUAUUUAAGAACAGAUUUUUUUAUUUUAGAUAUAAGUAAAGAAAAAUAAGAGGACGGAUUUCAGUUGAUGGGUUUCACUGAAACAUGCCAACGUCGGAACAAAUGAAUGAUGUGAACCCGUUAAUCCGUGAAAGAUAGAAAGGCUGGAAAUCUGAAAGAUGCAUGUACAAAUAAUGGAUAUGAACACCAAAUAUAAAUGGGAAAAGUGCGAACUGUUACGUUGUUUUUGUAAAUAUUUUCGUUUUUAAAAUCAAACGUCCUAUUUUGUGCCGGUGAAAAGAAGU